UCUCCCAUAGAGCGCAGCAUGAGCGCUCCGCAGCAAAAGGAUGUGUGAGCAGGCAGCGCGCUACUGUCGGGACGGAGUCCACAAACUGCUCAACAAAGAACAAGCCAAACUUCGAGCCCAGGAAAGCCGCGAGCAGCCGAAACCCGUAGCCGGUCAGGACAGCGAGUCCGCGACGGCAGCGCAGUCCGGAAACAGCGGCGCCCAGCCCGGUGGAAUCGACGGGCUCGUCCGCUGGAUCGUCACCAAAAUGAGCGACAACAAGAACAUCUCCAGCCGGGAGUACGCCUCCAGCAAGGAGGAGGUGGCCGUGGCUCAGGAGCAGUUCUUCGCCCCGGAACCGCGGAGAGGCAUCUCCGUGAUUUUGGAUAUAUUCAGAAGAGCUGACAAAGACGAUGAUGGGAAGCUGUCUCUGGACGAGUUCCAGGCUUUCUUCUCGGAUGGCACGCUGAACGAGGAGGAGCUGGAGAAGCUGUUUCACACCAUCGACUCUGAUAACACCAGUAAUGUUGACACUAAGGAACUCUGCGACUACUUUGCCAAGCACAUGGGGGACUACGAGGGAGUUCUGGCUUCGCUGGAAACGCUCAACCUUUCCAUCCUCAAAGCCAUGGACUUCACCAAAAAGGUCUACGAGAGAGGAACCAACGUGGAGCAGUUUGUGACCCGUUUCCUGCUGAAGGAGUCGGCCAAUCAGAUCCAGUCUCUCCUGAGCUCCGUGGAGAGCGCCGUGGACGCAAUUGACGAGCAGCACAGCCAAUCAGGUCAUCUACCUGCCAAGGUGAGUCCACGGAUGUCAGAGAGGCGUCCGGUAAACACCGUCCCUGACUAUCCCCCGAACAACAGAGUCAGCACCAGGGAGGCUGUCAGGACCAUCAACACUGCUUCAGGUGCAGUGGAGGUGAGGAAAGAAGGUCUGGAGGCUCAAAUCAACCGUCUGGCUGAACUGAUCGGACGACUGGAGAAUAAGACGGUCUGGUUUGAUCUGCACCAGAGGCUAACAGACACAGAUGGCACCACCAGCGCAUCCUUGCUGCUGAUUCGUCAGGAGAUGGUGGUUUCCCAGAAGAAGCUCGGCGACUUCUGCGAGGCUCUGAAGCAGUACCUGAAGAACGUCUCUGCUCAGAAAGACUGCUUUCAUGUGACUGCUGUACGUCUGCCGGACGGUUUAUCCUUCGUCGUCUACGAGUUCUGGGAUGGAGAGGAGGAGUGGAAGAGGCACCUCCAGUCAGCCCCCAACAAGGCCUUUCAGCAUGUGAAGGUGGACACACUGUGCCAGCCGGAGGCCGUGUCGUCUGUAGCUGUACCAGCCGCCUGGUGCAGCGUGAACAGGGACUGAGCAUGAAGAUAUUCAACUACACGCCAAGACUCCUGGACACGCCCCACUUCUUGUUCUUCUUCUUCUCCCUCCUCCUCAACUUCCCUUCCCUCCAAACCCACCUUAAAAAAAGAAAAGCCUUCCCUCCCCCUGCGUUUCACCCCCACAUCUUCCCCCCAACUCUUUUUGUAAGUACAUGUUUACAUAGUGCAAAUGAACGGUGUCAACUGCGGUGAAAAUUUGAACAAACAGUGCAUUUUACAGAAGACGUGUUUCGCAUCUCACCACAGGUAGUUUUCGCUGGAGAUUAUUUCAUGUUUCAAGUAGCUCCGAGCCACUUUACGGGGGAGUUUGUCAUGUAGCAGGGACCCCGAGUUUGAGUUUUCCAUGUAGCAGUUACUGGGUGGUCCAUGUGGGAAUGCGGCAUUUUAAUUUUUUAUCACUCAUUAGGGUUCAAACGAUCAUCUGUGUAGCUGCUGGUUCACCGUUUACGAAAGAAUGCAGGAGUUUUUUCGUUGGUAGCCGAUCACGUUUUGGACAUUAUUCUCACAUCGGCCAUUUCUGAAGUCAUAAACGAGAGCGGUCUAGUUGUCAGAUUAGCAUGCAAUCUCAGGAAAACAGAACAGUAAGUCUCUGACAGCUAGCUAAAAGUCCUGAGUAUCUGGACUGAAGUGCAAGCAAAUUGUCUGCACUGAAAACGGGCAAAAAGAAAGCAGGAAAGUCGUGCAUCUAGUGGCUAGAAACAUCAGCUUGCAGACAAAAUGCUCAUUUUAAUAAUGUUCAUAUAACAGGACUUUUGUUGUUGAUAUUCUCAAAACGUAGCUGCAGUUUAGCUGGAAAAAAUAUGAGCUUAGCCUGAAUAACCCCAUUUAGCAAGUCGUUUUUGCGUAAGAGGCUUAAAAAAGGAAGAAUGGAUUCUCAAAAAGUGACGGAACAAGAGUAUAAUUGUGGAGUAGAGUUGCUCACAGGUGUUUUCUUGUAUGAUUACUGCUGCAAGAAAGAGCCAAAAUGAAAGAGUUAUUUCUAAUAAACUCUCAGAAAACCAGAGUACAAGUUGCAAAUUUAGCUUUUUAGCCAGUUAGCCGAAAUUCUCUCACUAUUUUACCUCCAUCAGAUGCUUCAGAUCCACUCAAUUGUUCUGUUCUAUGAGCUUCAUCUGCAUUUAUUGAACAUAUAAUGGCUGCUGUGGGAGUAAUGUCUAUAAAGGACAUGCUAGGCAUAACAAAAAAAUGUUUUUUUCAUGAGCAGCAGAACCACAAAACCCAAAUCUGAGAAGACAGAUGUCAAAAUUCAAAAACAGUCAAGAGUCAGUCAUUGAUUUCUAGUUCUUCAUGUAGCUUUGUUUUCAUCAUUGACAUCAGGGUCAUUAGAUGAGUUUUGCUGUCGAACGAUCAUUUCUGAUUUAUCCACUACCUUGAGAAAGAACUAGAGAGUCACGAGCAGCACGUCACUGUUCUCGGUUUGAUUUCUUGCCUUCUGUUUGAUUGUCUGAAGCGGCGAUGGGUAGCUUCUCUUAGCUGUGCGAGUCUAGUAGAGGUUGUACAUAUUGCCAAUGUUGUUCUAUUAUAUUUGUAUUUCUCUUUUAGUGCUUAUGGUGCAGGUUUUCUCCUCAGUGAAAGUGGCAGCGGCUCUGUAGGCGCUGUGGCUUCUCUGUAUCCGAACAGCUACCAUCACAAACCAAUCUGAAUGACGCUAAAUAUAAAGCCUUAAACAUCACCACACGGGCGAGGAGGUUCAAAAGGGUUAUUUAAAAGAUGAUUAUUCUGUUUUUUCAAUGAGUGAAUUCCCCACUAGCAUUAUUUCUUUGUAGAAAUCAAAUCACAUUUACUUUCAGGACGUACUGCAGCUGCUAAUUUGGGAAUUCGUCAUAACAUUUGAACCUUAAGCUUUAGCGGUCUUGCUUAUAAAUCCGUCACAGUCUGUAGUGCAAAAUAACAGUCAUCAAGCUUCUUUGUGCUCUGCAAGAAACCUUGAUGUAACAGCGUAGAUGAUCGUGGGUCAGAAUAUGUAGAAAAGCAUACUAGCUAGCAUACCUGUAUCUUUUUCCUGCAUACUAAACAGUAUGGCAGUAUGGAUAUUGGAACGCACCUCACGACUUCUGUUGAAGUAAUAUUAUCGAUACAAGUUUCUAGAAGUCUGUGCACAAGACCUACUCAGUUAACAUCACUGGAAGAAUAACCUCCACAACCCUUAACGUGCUGUAGCAGCUACAGUACGUUAAGAGUUGUGGAGGUUAACGUACUGUAGCAGCUAAAUCAACCACCUUCGCAUGAAAAUCUAUUAAUGUGAUCACAUGCAUUAUCACUGUUGACUACCUUUAAACAAAUGCAAAAAAACACUUUUAAAUAAGACAUUACAGAAAGUUACAUUAUCUGCAAAUGUAGGCCAAAUCAGGUGGAUUUUGCCUUUAAAAAUUCAGCCAGAGCAUCCUCUAGAAGUACUAAUGAGCAUUUUAUUCUGAUAAUGUGGCUAAUGACAAUAUUAUUUAAUGGAAUUUGGCAACUAUUUGGCUCAUGUCGGCUCAUUUUGCAAUCCUGCUACAUGCAAAUAGACUAAAAGCUCAACCUGAAUGCAAUCAUGGGUCUACAAAUUCCAAUCUUUGUGUACUGGUUAGCUUUAUGAAAUACUCAAAUUACUUAAAUGAAUGGAUUAAGUCAAGGUAUAUUCAGAUUUUUUGCCCCAUUUUAAAGAUUUGGUCAACUGCCAUUCUUGACUACCUUUAAAAAUGGAAAAAAAUUACACUAAUUUAAAGAACUCAACAUGGCAGAAAGUUACAUUUUCUACAAAUUUAGGCUCAAUCAGGUGGAUGUGGCCACUAAAAAUUAAGUCAUAACAUCCUCAAGAAGCAUUGAUGUGCAUAUUAUUCUAAUAAUAUUUAAUGGAUUUUGGCAACUAGCUGGCUUAUAUCGGCUUAUUUUACAAUCCUGCUACAUGCAAGUAGAAUAAAAGGCCCUAACCCCCUAACCCUAACCCUACAUGAAUGAGAUCACAUGUCCACAAAUAGCUAAAAAUGUCAAAUUUUCACAUGCUGGGAUGCUUUCUAAUAUGGUCAAAUUAUGUAUACAAACUGAUUAAGUCAAGGUAUAGUCAGAUUUUUUUGGCAGUUUUAAAGAUUAAGUCUGUCACCACUGUUGAGCCUACCUUUAAAGAUGCAAAAAAAAGCCCCACUAUUUUAAAGAAACAUGGCAGAAAGUUGCAUUUUCUACAAAUUUAGGCUUCAUCGGCUGGAUUUUGCCUUUAAAAAUUAGGUCAGAACAUCCUCCAGAAGCACUGAUGAGCUUAUUUUUUUGAUAACCUGACUGACAGCAAUGCAAUUUGGCGACUAGCUCGCUCAUCUUGGCUUAUUUUUGCAAUCCUGCUGCAUACAAGUUGACUAAAAGCUCUACAGGAAUGCGAUUAUGUGUCUACAAAUAGCUAAAAGUCCAAUUUUCACAUGCUGGGAUGCUUUCUACCAUGGCUGAAUUAGGUAAAUGAACAGAUUUAAUCGAGGUAUAUUCAGAUUUUUUGGUCGAUCGCCACUGUUGAUCCUCCCUUUAAAGAUGAAAAAAAACCACUGAUUUAAAGAAGUCGACAUUGCAGAGAGUUAUAUUUUCAACAAAUUUAAAAAGACAAAUAGCUAAAAGUCCAAUUUUCACGUUGGGAUGCUUUCUGACAUAGUCAAAUUAUGUACACAAACUUAACAAUUCAAGGUAGAUUCAAAUUUACUAUUUACUGCCCUGAUUCGAUUCAGAUCUCUCCUAUCUGCCUCCUCACCGCCACUGUAAGCCCACCACUGUAACCCAAUCAGACUCGGAAAGCACAAUGUACAAAUGAGUGAAUAUCGUGACUUGAAGAUACAUUAGAAGUUAAGGAGUAUGACGAGAGUAUUUAGAGAUCUAUAUAUAGUAUUACUGUUUAUCUGGGUAAAAAGAUUUGUUGAUGAAUCACUCUGUUCUUUAAAAAGGUGCCAUGUUGCCAUCCACCUCACUGUCGGGUCUAUUUUCUCAUCUUGCCGGUACUGUGGUAGCAGUGAGUGGGGAUCCAGCUACACUGAUACUGAUGUCGAUCUGCACCGUAAACCUUCGUCUAGCGCGCCGGGCUGCACUGAGCCGGACAGGACUGUGUGAAACAUGGAAGUGUUGAUUAUUAUUGCAUAUAUACGGUAACAGAAAAACAGUAGGCUUGUAGAACAGGCAUGCAAAGGCGUCGCUGCUUUAUAGGUGAAAUGUUUUUACUAAUCUGAGUGUUAAAGGCACCACGUGGAGUUUUGGACCACUAAUGGAGCAAUGUUUGUAUAAUUUCACAGCAGUUAUUUAAUUCAGUUAGUGGCAAUAAAAUGCCAAGAAAGGUAGUAAUGUGCAAGUUACUAGCUCGCAAACGUGGCUACAAACAAUGCUAGAUAUGAAGAAAUCAAAGGUCUGCUUUGCUAAUGUGUUAUUAGGAAAGAAAUAGAUUUAUUUCUUAGAAGUGAAGCUGUCGCUGUGCCAGUUAGCAUUUAGCUUAGCUGUGGUUUAGAACGACAGCGGAACUUGCAGUGGUUUAAAAUGGAUCUGAGUGCUAAACUGUGUAAAAACGAGCACAGAUCUAUCAUAAAGUUACCCUUAAAGUGGCAUGUUAUGCUAAUUUUUAUCCCUUCAUUAUCAUUCUGGGACUCUACUAGAGUAGCUUUGUCACUUAGCAUUUAGCUUAGCUGUGGUUUAGAACAAAUGCGGAAAUUGCAGUGGUUUAAAAUGCACCUGAGCGCUAAACUGUGUAAAAACAAGCCCAGAUGUAUAAUGAAGCUACCAUUAAGGAGACGUAUUAUGCUAAUUUCCAGCUCUAUAUUUUCUUUGUCGGAUUCCACUAGAGUACCUUUGUCUGAAAGAAGCCAUUUUGCUCCUGUCUCUUUAAGAACCUCCUCCCUAAAAGCCCAUUUUCUUCUGAUUGGCCAACUUUAGGAAGCCUGCCUACCCAAAACUUGUCAGCAAUGCCUCUUAUUCUUGCCUGUGUGGAGGUUUUAAAAGCAAACUAAAAAGCCCUAAAGUGAUAUAAUUUCUCGGUGAUUGGAAAUGGCAACUUUUCAACUCUAUAUGUUCUGAACACAGCAACAAAGAUUAAAGUCAGAUGUUGUUGUUUGGUAAAUAGUACACUAGUUACUGGCUUAUUGUGUGAGGUAACAGUGGAUUUAAUCUUAUUCACAAGCCGUAUUUUUUCUACAUGUUCCCCUCAUUAUAGAUGGGAAAUUAACUAAAAUGCUGACUACAGUAAAAAAAAAACAUCAAAUUUUACAUAGCAAGAAAUUGCUCAUGUGCUGUUGGCAAACAAAUGUAUGGUAUAGGUGUGUUUUUUACUGGAGCAGGUGACAUAUAAGGAAAUCUGUGAAGAGUUGAUGUUAGUAAAUGGCAAAAGUUGUAAGAAGUAUAAUACUGGGAGGAAAAAAAUAACUGAAAAUGGAAGAUAUUGAGAUUGCAAUAUGUUAAAUGACAUUUGGAGACUUGCAUUGUGAUUGGAUCUAGGUGUACAGCUUUAGUAUGUUUUCUGAAGAAGACAUCAAUCCUAUAAGAAGAAAAGCUACUUAACUCCACCUCUUCAAUCACAAGAACACAUUUUAAAACCAGGAAACCUAUAAAGCUGCUAUGAUUCUCCAGAUAAACCGUCCAUAUACAGAUUUUCUGUCGGUUUCAGGUAUAAAUGGGUCAAAGUGAUUUCUGCAGGACACAGCAGUUGGGUUAGGUGUAUAUCUGCUUCUGAGGACCCGGCUGUGAGACAGCAUUUUCCUCCAGCCACCCUGAACCUUAAACCGCAGCUAAACUAAUGACGCAGAAACAGCUUCAGUCUGUUUUGGACGAGAAACUGAGUGUAAACAACAUUUUGCCACCAAGAAAACUCCACAGGGCGCCUUUAACCUCUCACUUGUUACAAAAGAUUUAACCACUUGCACUCUUGUGCCACUACGAAUCUUUUCUGCAUUCGAGAAGGAGCUGCUAAACUCUCAAUAGCAACAUAAAGCCAUAUUGCAUGGAUCGGUGUUUACAUGUCAGUGACUUACUAUCCUGAUAGCCAUAGUUUACAGCUGAGUGCAGCCCGACCGCCGUGAUUGAGGGUCAUCCUGUCGUGUACAUUUCGCCCAGCUCGGUUUGGGUCGUGUAUAUGAGGUAGAUAGUCGAGUGAACUGUCAGAAAUGCCAAUACUGUUUCCUGUUGAUACAUUCCUGAAUGUCCCUCAGACUGUGUUUCUUUUUUCUAUCCUCCUACUCCUCAGUGCAACCUGCACUCGGCCGUAUGACGGAAGAGUUUCGCCUUUUAACGUGAGCCGAAGCAGAUCGAGAAAGAACGUUUUACCGGCAGCGGGGUAAAUAAAGUGUGCAGAUCAGAGGACUGUACUACGAAGCAGGAUUAGUGGGUUUAAUGAGGUUUGUUUAGCCUAAAGUUUUCAGUAUCAUGAAGGUGGCUCGGAUGCUGUGCAGCUAACCUGGUCUCCUUUUUGACCAAUCGUUUCCUCAUUAUUCUCAGCUGAAGAAAAAUGUUUUAUCUGCAAACGUGGAACCGUACAUUGCUAAAACCACCGAAUGAAGCCGUGUAGUUACAGUAUCACACAUUGUAUUCAACGCGUUGCCAUGGGAACCCAACACAUAUUCAUCCAGUGAUGCAGAAAUGGCAUAAAUAUGGAUUUAUGUUUGAUCUGUUUACUCUGCUGGUACUUCAGCUGAUACAAAAAAUGGAUUAUUCUACUGGUAUUUAUUGCAACAAAUAUUCAAUCAGUAACAUUAGUUUCACUUUGAUUUGGCCAAAAAUGAAAGUAAAUUUUCCUGCAUUAUGGAACAGACUCAGACCAAAAAUACAAUAUCAUGUUUAAAUAUACGAAGUUUAACAGCUCUAAUGUGCAGCUGUCAGGAAUAAACAGCAGCAUUGAUCGGUAAAAUAGAUAUAUUUACACAAGUUUACCAGUUUUCUAUCAGCUAUUUUGAUAAACGAUUUAUUGGUUUGAGCAAUUAAAAAAUAAAAAUUGGAUGCAAAAUUCACUGAUUCCAUCUUCUUAAAAUUGAUUUUUUUUUUCCAAUUUCUUUCCCUCUUUUGUCACAUUUAAAUUGAAAAUCUUUGAGUUGUGGUUAGAACAAGCUAUUCAAGGACAUUAUUUUGGGCUUUGUUAAGCACAAAUCAACAUUUUCCACCAUUUCCUGACAUUUUAGAGACCAAAUUAAUUGGUCAAUCCAGAAAAUUAAUCGGAAUAAUAAUGAACAUCCCAGCUAGCAGCAAGCAACAUCUACGCUAACCAUAGCUAUGUUGGCUAAUGCUAACUCGUGUAUACCUAAGCAACAAGAAGAGUUUUACUGGAUUUUCAGUAAAUCUAGAAGUAAAGGCUUACAUUUUUGGCGUCACAGAGCGAGGAUACUGUUGUCAGAUUGCGCUGAUUUGACAGUUUGAUGAGCAGAAAGAGGCUUUUGGUCAAAUUUUUUGAGACAGAUCAAGUUUUAUCCAUUUAACACUUACAUGGUGGUGUUUCCACCUGAGGCUGAAUAGUAACUGUUAGUUGCAGCCUUAAUUAGGUACUUAUCCAUAGUCAGUGUGUUAUCUAAGCCUGUCUUGCUUCAUUUAGCAGUAGCAACGCUUUUUAACAUAAUAAUUUCUCAAUGUUUUCAAUAAAACAACCUGUUGACUGAAGUACGAUCGUUUCAUAUUGUGCCGAAGACUCAAAUGACGUGUUAAAUGCCCUCAUUUAGUUUGAGUUCGAAGCCCAAAGUCUGAAAGAAAGUUGAAAACCUUCAUGAUGCCUGAUUUUUCUUGACUGGGGUUUUAGUUUUGGUGAAGUUACACAGAAACACGCCUGAAUUUGUCGAACCUGCUUCGUCGUUCAUUCUUCUGUGGCUGUAGGAAGCUGGUGGACUGAACACGUCAUCAGAUUUACCUCCACGAUGCCAAAUGAAACGAAACCAAUCAGGAACUUUUGCCAAACUGAGCGACGUCGUAACUCUUCCCUCGUCCGGCUGCGUUCUUUUCUAUCCUUCAACUGAGUGCAUGUCAACUGAAUGUCCAGUAACUUCUUUGCUGUAGUAUUAGGCCAUGCUACUCUUCAAUGGGUUUUGUGCAUUUCUUACCUUCUUCUUUCUUUUCUAGUAUUCCUACGAAGGGAGACAGAGAUUAAAAUAUAUUAUAUAAAAUAUAUAUAUAAAUAUAAAUAUGACUAGAAAAAUGGCAUACAAGAAUGAACAUUCACUUUUAUGGCAAUGUUUAAUGAAAUAUUAAUUCUUAAUGUAUGUUUCAGUAAAACUGCUUUCUCUUCUUGAGUGUAGAGACUUAUUGCAGGGAUGCAAGUAUUAUAUUUGGUCUUUGAGGAAUAUCUUGUUGAAAUUCUAGAUGAUGUAGAGUGAUGCAAUUCAAUAAAAGUAUAAAACUGA